CUUGGGGAUAGAAUUGAUCAAAAUCCUUUCUAAGCGGAUGCCUACGUCAUAACAUCUACCUGCAUGCCAAAUUUCAGCCCGAUAAGUAAUAUGUAAGACAGUAUCCUGAAGACUAUAUGUAUUUUGAGUAUAUUGUGUUCCUGGAGAGUACUGAACCUGAUGUGCCGCUCGGGACCAGGGACAUGAUGAUCCUUGCAAACUUACUAAAAAACAUAAUAAAGGUAUUAAACAACUAAAGAAAGAACAAAUACAAGAUUGGUGUCAUUUUUGAAAGGCCUUAUCGCAAUCGGCCUCCAGGGGCUUGCCAAUGCAGCUUUAAACAAUAGUAGCUUCUUAAAAGCAAACUAACUUAAAGCUAGUAUCCCAGCCGCCGCAACUGAAGUCACAGGAGUUAUAAUGCUACCAACUACCACAAGUUUACUCGACUCUUACUUCUACUAAAAAUAUAAGGAUCAGACGUUUUAUGAGAAAAACUAAUACCAAUGGACAUAUGUUAUUGCAGCCAACAAAGACGGUAUCAAUUACUUUUUCCUACCUAACCUCUACUGGCAGCCUGGACCUGAAUAGCUGGAGAUUCGAAGUAAGGCCAUAUAUACAACCAGUUAAUGUCUAAAAUGUUUAAGGUAUGGACAUAUUUGCAAAAUUUUGUAAAAACUCGACUCGAUGUUCUAUAUGCAGUGAAUCUCACAAUUAUAAGGAAUGUCAUAAGUACUCUUAUGAUGCUAUGUGUGGUAUCUGUAAAGGUAAUCAUAUAGCUAUCUCAAUAGAAUGGCCAAGUAAAAAACAAAAAAUAGAAGAAAACAGAAAUAAAUUUCAGACUAGAACAUAUGCAAAUGUUGCUACUAUUAAUGAAAAGUAUUUCCCUCCCCUAAUUAAAGAUAAAAUCACUCACCCUGAUGUCAGCAGUAAAUUAAAUUCUGAUAUUAUGCUUAACAUUAUAGUAGAAUCAGUUGUAAAAUUAAUAAGCUUUAAUAAAAACAAUGACAAAUCUACCCAAAACAUAAAAGAAGUACUUAUAGAAACAAUAAAAAAUAACAAGAUUUAGUUUGUGCCCCUUAUGGAUGCUUUGAAUGUUGUACAGUGGAAUGCCCAGAGGUCCAGCACUUUCAAGAAUUUGGACUAUUACGAAAAGGUUUAAGAAAACCCUUACGUCACCUCCUAGUCAUAUUGAUAAUUGGGUCCCUAAUUUUUGGAGAAACACACAUGUGAUACUGUAAAAGCUCCUUUUUAACACCUUUGCUCGUAAAGCUGAUGUAAUUCCACAGGUUUUAAAUAUGUAAAGCGGGUCAUAAAAAACGCGUGUGUUACCAAAGCAAAUAGUUAAGUUAUAGUCCAUACAAAUUCCAUAACAGUAUUAUUAU